AUGGACAUGAUGUACGGAGGACUAUCGACGCUGGACUACUUUCGCAUUGAAGACCUUCUCGACUUCUCCAACGACGUCCUCUUCUCCUCCACCACCCCCGACCACCACCACCUUCCUUCCUACGCAAACUCCUCUGCCGCCGGCACCCAUUCCAACACUUCCAAUCCCAAUCGCGACUUCACCGACGACCUCUGUGUCCCCAAUGACGACAUUGCGCAACUCGAAUGGCCAUCGACGUUCGUCGACGACGCAUUGAUCGAUUAUCCUUCAGACUCCUUCGCCGGAACCCUAAAUGUCCAAUCUAACACUUGUUCAUUUCACAACCGCUCCAAAUCAUCCUCAACCAGUAGGACCUCAUCAAACUCUCGAAUAAUCCCCAACACUAAAUCCAAAACAGACAUUACUUACAACAACAACACAGAUGCUAGAGAGAAAGGAAUUACCAGAGAUCGAUCAACUUCGACGGUAGAGGUGGCGCGUAGAUGCACGCAUUGCGCCUCGGAGAAGACGCCGCAGUGGAGGACGGGACCGAUGGGUCCCAAGACGCUAUGCAAUGCUUGUGGCGUCCGGUUCAAGUCGGGUCGCCUAGUUCCCGAAUACCGACCCGCGACGAGUCCGACGUUUGUGUUGACUCAGCACUCCAACUCUCACCGGAAGGUCUUGCAACUCCGGCGGCAGAAAGAGCUCAUCCAUCAACAACAACAACAACAAAAUGACCAGCGGCAAACGUACGAUCAUCAUGAUGACCACCACCACGGUCAACAUCCUAGGGCACUUCGUCUGAGUUGA